AUGUCGAACCUUGCCAAGCUCGAAUUUGUGGCCCUUGAUAUUACCGGAAAGAAUUAUUUAUCAUGGGUGUUAGAUGCUGAAAUACACCUAGAUGCUAAAGGGCUUGGUGAAACAAUAAAAGAGGUUAAUAAGGCAACAGCUCAAGAUAAGGCUAAAGCCAUGAUUUUUCUUCGCCAUCACCUUCAUGAAGGGCUCAAAAAUGAAUAUUUAACUGUGAAAGACCCACAAAUCCUUUGGAGUAAUCUAAAGGAAAGUGAAUAUAACUCAGCUAUGUUUAAAAUAACUUCUCAAUUGAAAUUAUGUGGAGAAAAUAUUACUGAUGCAGAAAUGCUUGAAUAG